GUAACGCUCAGUUUUACCUUGAUACUAAGUUUGAAGUACUUAAGUUACAUUGCAACCAUCCCUCCAUAAUAUCAUCAGGGUUGCUUCUCAUUGUAUGCUUCGCUUUACCGGAAAGAAUGUCGCGGUGAACAGGACAGUAGUCCAACCACGGCGACUACACUUGGUGCUUUCAGGCCAAUGUCUUUCUUCUGGUAGAUUGCAGCUGGCUUAUCACCACGCAAGAGUUGGACGGACAGUUUUAGCACGAUUCGCUUCUACUUCCACUUCUUCCUCCGAUGCCAAGUCUAGUCAUACUCCAAAUCUGCCACCUUCUAGUGUAUCACCUCGCAAGCAUCGGGUGGAGCUUAAGCCUGGCCCAUUGAAAGGACCUUCACAAUCAAGCACGACACCGCGCCCUCACUCGACAUCUCCAAAGCAAACACACCCUUCAUUUCCAGCAUUUCGUCCAUCUCCGAAACCAAGUACACCAGAUCCUGUUCCGUCUGCGAUCGAGCUGGCGAAGCAAGACAUAGCAGAUGCAACUGCUCAGGGAGUCCUUCGACCAGCUCCGCCUGAUGCUGGUUCCAUCAGGCGCUUCACUCAUCAAGCCAUCGAACUCUUUAAAUUUUAUUUCCGAGGCCUAAAGGCUAUAAACACGCACCGUAAACAGGCAGCAGCAAUUCGUGCCCGCGUAGCUGCGGGCGGUCCAGCAGCCUCAAGAGCAGAGUCACGUUUUAUCAGAACAUUCCAGCAGGAUGCACUAAAGCUCAUCCCGUUCGUGAUUAUUGUCUUAGUUAUGGAGGAGCUCAUUCCUUUCAUUGCCCUUUACGUCCCUCGAAUGUUGCCUUCUACGUGCGUCCUUCCAGGUCAACGUGAUCGUAUCAAUGCGAAGGCACGCAAAAAUCAACUGCUGGCUCUUGCAGAGAACCGGCAAUUAUUCGAACUCUUGCGGAAAGAAAGUGAAAGCUCUGGCUUCAUUGCGGCGCAAAGUCUGGGUCGGCCAGGAGCACUGUGCGGAAUCAUUGGUAUCCCCGCUUGGCCACCUCAACUGGCUCAGUGGCGUCUGCAACGCCACCUCCAGAACAUCUCAUCCGAUGAUACGAUGCUCAAACAAGAGGGAUAUGGACGUGAUCUCACCCUUCCAGAGUUGAAGGAAGCCUUGCAAGAACGUGGAAUGCCUACAUUCAGCGAAAGAAAUUCCGCAGAUGAACUGAGGGCCCAGCUAAAGUGGUGGAUAGACAUGUCCGAGAUCAUGCCCGAGGGUGCGGACGCUGUUAGCAGGCGCCUGUUCGUGCUCGGUAUAAUUGGAUCACACGAGUAAAUGCUGUUGAGAUGCUCCACUAUUUUCAUGUGACGUAGUGCUGGACAGACUUUCUUAGAUCUAGAGGUCAAUA